GUAGCGUUCAACUGCUUCACCGUGCGAGCAGUCAAGACAGAGAAGAUACACAAUGAGACCAGGCAACGUGACCACCACUGAACUCCAGAGACAGAAGCAAAUCAGACAGAAACGAGAAAAAUAGGACGGCUGCAGCUAACACUAUUUUUCACUUUCGAUCUAUCUUUCAAAUUUCCUGGGUAAAAUCUUUAGUCGAAGAAAUAUCAGAAAGUUUUAGCCAACGUUAUACGUCGUAUUCAGCCCGUCAGCAAGGUUUUAUUUUUAUUCGUCGCCCAUUCAUCGGCACGGAUCUUCUGUAACGUUGUUUUAACGUUACGGCGACAGCGAUGUUAAAAUAGCUUUGUAGUUCACUUACUUUGGGGUUUUGCCUGGUCGAGGUCCACCUCUACCCCCCCGUCUUGGUAGUAGAGCUUCGAAUACUGUUGAAAACAACUGCAGAGACACGGCCCUGAACAACCCAUUAGUUGAGACGUCACUUUCACACAAUGCAUCAUCUUCAGUCGACAAACGUGGUCUGUCUGGUCUGGAUAUAAACAAAACCUCCUCCGCCUGAACUGAAUAACGCAUGGUCGAAAAGAUGUUACGGAAGGUUUUGUCCAGAAUCGGCACUGACAGAGAGUGCGCAAGCGGUCCGUGAACGGCGCAUCACUAUGGCUGCUGGGACGCUGCGGGAGCUGGUCUCCGCCGCUGCCUCUGCGUACUCGGACAGAGCAGCCGUGACAUACGACGGCCGCUCGGUGUCAGGGAGCCUGGUGUCUCUGCUCUACAGAGACCUGGUCCGACUGGCCGGUGAACUGUCGCGUAUAUUGCGGAAGCACUGCUCUGCCGGUAACGGCGUCAUCGGGCUGUACUGUUGUGAUGAUUUGUUCAUACCCGUGUGGAUCCUGGGGAUCCUGCAGUCUCCUGCUGCCUAUGUGCCACUGGACCCAGAAGCUCCAGGACUUCUCUCUGCCAGAGUCAUGAGGCAGUGCGGCCUCAAGUACUGUGCUGUCAAGACUGACCUCCUGCAGCGUUUCCAGACAGCUGUCGUCAGACACAUUUCUGCAGAGGUGUGUGUGGCGUUGCCCGAGUUUAAACUAACCCUGUUACGAGUCGAGCUGCUGCCAGUCGCCGAGCACAAACCAGAAACACAACAAACUGUAGCGCAGGAGGCAGAUGGCGCUGAUCUCUGUGAUGCCGCUGUGGUGGAAAAGGACUCGGGGCGCAGGGACUUGGCAUACGUGCUGCACACAUCUGGUACGACAGGCCUUCCAAAGAUUGUGAGGGUACCACACAAGUGUGUACUCCCUAAUAUACUUCAUCUGAGAUCGUUGUUUCAGAUGAGUGCAGAUGAUGUGGUUUUCCUGGCCUCGCCCUUAACCUUUGACCCCUCUGUGGUGGAUAUUUUCCUGGCCUUAUCAUCCGGGGCACAGCUCCUCAUUAUCCCCUCUGUGAUCAAGAAAAUGCCCAAUCGACUGGCGCAACUGCUGUUCCAGGAUCACAAGACGACCGUCCUCCAGGUGACACCCACUCUGCUCAGUCGCUUCGGGCAUCGUAUCCUGAAACAGGAAGUGUUGUCAUCUGGCUCCUCGCUGCGGGUGUUGGCUCUGGGUGGAGAGGCCUGUCCCUCGCCAGCUCUGCUGAGGAGCUGGAAGCACGAGGACAACAAAACCCACAUCUACAAUGUCUACGGCAUUACUGAGGUGUCCUGCUGGGCCUGCUGCUACAAAAUACCACAGUCUCUGCUGCAGUCCAGCAGCCCACCUUCCAGCACGGUGUCCUCAGUGCCUCUCGGGACUCCUCUGAUGGACACGGUGGUGGAAGUCAGAGACGAACAUGGCCACAUUGUAACAGAGGGUGAAGGACAGGUGUUCAUAGGCGGAGAGGACAGAGUGUGUCUCCUGGAUGAUGAGGAGGUUGUUAUCCGCGGGACGAUGAGAGCUACCGGAGACUGGGUGAAUGUGAAAGAUGCAGAGCUGCACUACCUGGGACGGAGAGACAGGCUGAUAAAACGCCACGGAAAACGGGUGAACCUGGACAGCUUGCAGCACCUCAUAAUGAGUCUGCCUCAGGUGGAGGCCUGUGCCGUGGGUUUGUACGAAGGCUCUCGACUGCUUGCCUUUGUCGUGGCGUCCACAUCGGGAGACCAGCGAGCGGCGUCUCCUCUCCCAUCUGUACAGCAGCACGUGGAUAAAUCACCCUCAACUUUUCCCCGGCAUCAGGAGGAAGACCUGCCUUCUCCUGUAAAACUCCACCAGGAGGAGACGAGCGGUGCAGACGGAGACCUGAGCAGACUGAUUGUGAACCAGCUGUCUCUGCUGCUGCCCUCUCACAGCGUUCCCGACACACUGGUGCUGGUCCCGGCCUUAUGCCUGACUCCACAUGGCAAAGUGGACAUGGAGGCACUUAUGAAAAUAUACCAAAAACAGAGACAGUCUUUAGAGUCUUCACAGGGAGAUGUCGGCAAACUAAAGCAAACUCUUCAGUCGUUGUGGCAGGAUACUUUAGGUUUUGCUCAAGAUGUGACCAUUGAUGAGGAAUCCAACUUCCUGUUGAGUGGAGGAGAUUCUCUGAAGGCGCUGCACCUCUGUGAAGACAUCCUCACUGCCGUGGGAGUCACCUCACCAGAGCUUUUGGAGGUUAUACUUGAGGGGACCUUUUCUGACCUCCUGCGCUAUGUUGCCAGAGUAACACUGAUGCUGCCAAUCGAGAACAGCGCAUCAUCACUUCCUGAGGCCAAGAAACGGCACGCCGAUGCUCCCUCUGUUGUUGGAGCGAAGAGAGAACGCAAAGAGUCUCAGUCCACGGCAGCAGAGAGGCUGCAGGGGGAGAGACGGGCCGUUAAAGUGAUAAGACGAGCAGGUGAGGUGAUAGAACUGAGCAUCAGAAAUGAAGAGACGAGUAAAAGCCUCCAGGCUGAUGCAGUCGGAGAAAAAGAUUCGAGUAAGAAACGGAGCGGUGACCUUCUGGGCCUCAGUCUGAGCUGGUCCUCAGACACAGGCAGAUGUGUGGAUGCCUCCCCGGUGCUUCUAGUCCGUCAGACAGAUCGGCAGUCAGAUGUGGCCAAAACAACAACAGUGUUCAUCGGCUCACAUUCUCACAGGAUCCAGGCUUUAGACCUGGACACCGGGAGCCUUCUGUGGGAGCGAGUCCUCGGGGACAGAAUCGAGGCGUCGGCUGCUGUAUCUCACUGCGGGACUCUGGUGGUUAUAGGUUGCUACGACGGCUGUGUGUAUUUCUUGUGCGCUGCUUCCGGAAAGACACGGUGGAUAUUUGAGACAGGAGAUGCUGUGAAGAGCUGUCCUGCUGUGGAUCCCCACACAGGUCUGGUGAUAGUGGGCUCACACGAUGGCCAUGUUUAUGCCCUGAACCCAAAGGUUCGGCACUGUGUUUGGAAGCGUCACUGUGGCGGUGGGGCUGUGUUUUCCUCCCCCUACCUCCAGCCCUCGCUCAGACAGCUGUAUGUGGCGUCACUGGGGGGUCACCUCCUCUGUCUCAACCCUGACAGUGGAGAGGUCCUGUGGUCUGACUGCAGAGACAUGCCGUUCUUCUCAUCGCCAAACGGCUCCUCUGAUCUUGUUGCUAUCGGCUCGGUGGAUGGAAACGUCUGCUGCUUCAGCAACACGGGGAAACUGGUGUGGCAGUUUUUAACAAAGGGACCCAUCUUCUCCUCUGUGUGUGUCACACCGGACCAGCAGAGGCUUCUUUGUGGAUCCCACGACGGUCACCUGUACUGUUUAAACUGUGCCGACGGCUCUUUAGUUUGGACUUUCGAGACAUCAGGCAAGGUGUACUCCACUCCGUGUGUGUUUGAUGGCUCCACUGUGGGCAGGAGGGGGACUCUGGUGGGCCUGGCCUCUACAGAUGGCACAGUAUGGAUCCUGGACGGUCAAAGUGGACAAAUGCUGGCGUCACACACUCUACCUGGGGAGUUAUUUUCAUCCCCGGUGGUGUAUGAACAGUUUCUCGUUGUCGGGUGCCGCAAUGACUAUGUGUAUUGUUUAAAGCUGACUGUCAAAGAGGAAGCAUAGAAGGAUUAAAUGUAUUUUUGUGCAGAUUUUAUAAAUAAACACUGAUGUCUUUA